AUGAAAUCGAAUGCUCCAACCUUUAAAGUGGCAGUCAGUAAAAGAAGCUGUUCAUCGGUAAGAAAGACUUCAAAAAAGAUUAGGUCUGGAAUGAUACGUAAGCCCAGUGUUAGUUCAAGAUAUCGAAAACAUGAAGGCGUAAACCUUUAUAUGUCAAAGGUUACACCAACGUCCAUACCUGCUCCUCCUCAAGUACUGGUGGCCUACAUAAAGGAGAAGGUAAAGACACUCAAUAAAUCAGAGGUUUUAAUGUCGCUAGGAAAUUCUAACCAACUUUCAUCUAGGGAUGUGAAGACGAAAACUAAAAAGAAGCAGAUAAAUGAUUUUAUAGCUUUCCGAAGCUAUUACUCCAGGCUACUGAAUGGAAUUCUUACCCAAACAGAGUUAUCAACAAUAAUUUCUAAACACUGGACAGUAGAUAAACAGACAAGAAAGAAUUGGGAAUUGAUCGCACAGGAAUAUAACUGCGAUGCCUCAGGCAAGCAUUUUUUUAAUUGGUUAGAAGUUAACUAUGGUAUCGAUAAACAGUGGUUGUAUGAAAUUGUACAAUACGAAGAGUGCUUGACACCAACAACAAAAAAGCCGUACGUGGAAAACAUUUACAACAGCGGUUUUAAGCAAAGAAUAGAUUCCCCAAACCAAAAAGACAUCACGUUCUCUCAAUCUGAUAAUUCGGCAGAUUGGCUUGUUGAUCCCAUAUUUUUUGAUACUGAGUUCCUUGCCACCUCUUUUGAUAGAACAAAUCUAAUCAUUUCUGAUUGCUAUUCCUUGAUGAACUCAGUCUGA